UGACUUCCUAGCGCACUUGAUUUGUAGUACCAGACAGAGUUAUCGACCGGUGCCAUGUCAGGGAACCCAGUGGCCGGCGCGCCGGGUGCCGCCGAGCCGUAUGCGCCGCAGGCGACCUACAACUUCAGCGCCCGCCUCGCGCUCACCGUCUCUUUGGUCCUCCUGAUGAUCACCGUCGUCGUCGUCGUCAUCCCUCUCAUGGUUUACCUGAUGAUCACUCGCUCACGCAGAGGCGGCGGCCACGGCCUCGCCGGCGGCAUCCUCCGGUCCGUUGGCAUGAUCAGCAGCCGGCGGCACGGGUUGGACGCGUCCGCGCUCUCGGCGCUGCCGGUCACCGCGUACCGGAAGGAGAGCGGCGCAGCCGCGAGGGCUGAGUGCGCCGUGUGCCUGGCCGAGCUCGCCGACGGAGACGAGGCGCGCGAGCUGCCCAACUGCGGCCACCUGUUCCACUUGGAGUGCGUCGACGCCUGGCUGCGCACCAGGACGACGUGCCCUCUCUGCCGGGCCCAGGCGGCCGGGCUGCCCGGCGAGAACGGGAAGGCACAGCCGUCGUCGUCGGUGGCGGCCGCGGAGCCGGCGUUGAUUGGUGCUGCCGGAGGAAGCUUGACCGCGACCGUGCAAGGUGGCUCUCCGUGUACCGAGAAAGACGCGCGGGUGUCAACAUCCGGAUCUCCCUGCUAGAAGUAAUCAGAUAGUAGCCUACUUGUACUACUGUUCAAACUAUUUCUUGUAGUAUUUGAGUCGGCUUGUAUUUUUUUUUUUUGAAAUGGAGGCAUACCCCGGCCUCUGCAUCAUAAUGAUGCAUGCAGUCAUCGUAUUAAAAGUUCGCAAAAUAGUACAAAGUCGUAAAGUAUUACAGCUCGCAAGUGGAGCGAGAAUAAAAAAUCAAAGUUCAUGCCGACAAUCGCAACUGGAAUGGCAAAAAGAAGGAUAAGCUCCCUAGACUCCUAUCAUGUUAUGCGACCGCCAUCCGAACCGGUUGAAUAAAGCCCGUGCUACCAUCUCCCACUGGUUGCACCCAGUAAUCAAAGGCUCCCUGGAUUCCAUAGGAGUGAGUAAGGACCACGUACGGAUCCAAGCAGUAGCUCUGAAGAUGACCUGCAAGAAAGUUAAAUUGUGUUGUCUGUUAAAUAUCAAAUCAUUCCUGCAAUUCCAUAUAGCCCACAAAAGCGCACAUAUUCCAAUCCGAAUACGAGCCGCCGUAGUAUGUUCAACCCCAGUUAACC